CGCCUCUUGUGGGCGUGGUCUAUUAUUUCCAGGAUGUGCAUGUUUAUUUUCCUUUAGUAUAUCGCCACCGAGUAAAGCGUGUGAAGGGCCAGCUGAAGCGACCGUUGGUGGAAACAGACGUCAUCAUUGCAGCCCGAGGAGCCAUUUAUCCGUCUUUAAGUAUAGGCCCAGCAGUCGUCCUGCCUUACCCUGUGUGAGCAAUGGAUGACACUCAAAUGACCAGUGACUCAAUCUUGGAGUCAGUUGAGGAAGAAAAUAAAGAGGAGAAUGAAAACAAGAAGAGACGACCAUUGGCGAAACUGUGCAUCUUAAAGAAUGAACACAUCCCUGAGACAGAGUUGCCCCUCUUUUUGGGAGAUAAUGUGCUGGGCCGUGACCCUAACACCUGCAACCUGCUCUUGUCAGCAACCUCCAUAUCCAAGCAGCAUGCCACCAUCAGGCUCUCUGUCUACAGGAGAAGAGGUCGCCGCAAUGACGCCGACAUGGAGGCUUUGAUUUGGGACCUAGGGAGCAUGAAUGGGACCCGCAAGGGCCACUUCAAGCUGACUCCUAACGUACGCUAUGCCCUCAGUGAAGGUGACAGUUUGGUGGUGGCAGACAUCCCAUGUCAAUAUGUCAGCUGCACUAUAGACACAGUCUCCUCUAAAGGGGAUAUGAGGACUCCUGUGAGCAGACAUUCUGGGGUAAAUGUCAGGAUGACAGAUGCCUUGGGAGAAAAGGGAGGUGACACAAGCACAGGCAGCAAUACAUGUGUCAAUGCGUCUAGGGUGUCAUUACCUGGUCAGGAGGACACAAGGAAGACUCCCGUCAGAACCAGUUGCCUGUCCUUUGAGCAAACUCCAACCCAGCCACAGGGUACCCUGGUCCCAGAAUCUGACUCGGACUCAGACGAGGAAAGAGGGGAAAGAAGGCGCAAGGCUCCAGUGUCCGAUUCUGACUCCCUUAAAUCAGGUCCCACCUGUUCAACAUUCCUGAGUCCAACAAACAAAAUCGUCCCUGAAAGUGAGGAUGAAAGUCCCAUCACACCGUCCUCCUCCACAAAAAAUAGGCCUUCCAGACAUGUCAGCUUCAGUAAGGAGGAGCCAGACGUAGAUAUGGGGCAACAGCAGCUAAAGAACAACAGUGAAGAGGAGGGAGAACGAGCAGCGCUGGAAGGGAGAAAUUCUGAAGAAAGUGAACAACAUGUGCCAGGGGAACAGGAAAGCAAUGUCAGUCUCACUGGAGACGAUGAAAUGCCCGUAUUUUCCCCAGCAGUCUUAACAGAUGCAAUCCCUGUAUUUGACAUGGACAGUGACACUGAUAUGGAGGGAGAGGAGGAGUGUGUGGCAUCUGCAGGCCCAGUGACCUUGAAUACGAACCAACAAGCCGAUCAGUCACCAAACACAGCCCAGUUUCACAUGGACAGUGAUUCAGAUGUCGACGAGGAUGCCUUACACGAAGUUCCCAAAUCUGUGCCUUCCUCUCCUGACCACGCUCCUCGUGUUAUUUCAGUUAUUCAGGCAGAAGGCAUCACUAUGGACAGCGAUACUGAUGUGGAUGAUGACGCUGUGUCAGACGCUGCUAUUAAAGCAAAACCAACGUCACUUCAAAGCACACACGCGGCCGACUCUUCCCCUUCUACGCGGCGCAACGAUUUACACCUAGACAGUGACACAGAUAUUGAUGAGGAAGAAGAAGAGCAAUGUGGAACAAAUAAUUCACGCUUUGAAAUAGAUGAAACUCCUACUAGAUUCGAUGUCAAGCCAACUGGGCCUGAAUCCGUCCAUGCUGCGCCUCACAGCCUGAAUCUAGACAGCGACACAGAUGAUGAAGCUAUUCCUGCCGCUGCCAUCGGUGAACUCUCGGCGGUGUCUGCUGUCACCGAGUCCGUCGCCACUGCGGACGCUGGAGCUGAUUUGGAGGUUCUGUCUGACAGUGACACAGAUGAGGAAGACGAUCCUCCUCUGCUCAUUCCUGUCGUUGUCUCUGCCUUGUCUGUCGAUCCUGGUACCACGUCGGAAGCUCUUCAGUCAGGUUCUGAUGCAGACACAGAUGUUGAUGAAUCCAGCGUGCCCCCUGCUGGGGACGGAGUCAAUCCAGCCUACCUCGGAGUGGACAGUGACACGGAUGUGGAAGAUAAGGAGGUGGAUUUUGGCGAGACAGGUGAGAAGCAGAUUCCCAGCCUGCGCAGAGAAAACACACCUGGGUUGCUGGUUCCCCUUCAGCAGAACUGCUCUACUCCGGUACAGGUGUCAGAAGGAGAACUGGAAGAUAUGGAGACUCAGGCUUUCCUGAUUCCCUCAUCAUGUCCAUUUAGACGUGCAAUACCUACAGAAUUGUCUCCCUGCACCGACAGCCUGGAGGAUGACUUGUGUGUUGUGGCUGAGACCCAGUCCUUCAUUCUUCAGACCACAGACUGCCAGAGCAACCCUCCAGAGGACCACAACAAGGACCCCACCCAGUCCUCUGUUGAUGGAAAAGGCAAACAGUGCAUUCGAGGAGGGUCUUUCCAGCUGGGAUUGUCUGACAGCAGCCACCUGGAGGGUCAGGCCCGAGCUCUAGCCAUGGAGAGCACCCAAGCUUUUGUCUCUGUGGUGGAGGGUGCAAAUCUGGAAGAUACCCAAGCAUAUGCAGACAGAACUUCCUUGGAGGAUGAUUCAAAUCUGCAGGCCUAUGGAGAGGAUGAGCAACCUGUCAGAUGUCCAGUAAUGUCUGAAAAAGAAGCUAGAGUAGAUUUAGCCCUGGAAGCAACACAGGCUUAUAUUUCAGAGCCCAACAGUUGUUCAGAGGUUGAAACCGAUGAAGAUGAGAGAACAAACACUGCUACUGCUGAGACUCAGCCUUUCCACCUUCCCACCUCAUCUACUCUGGCUAUGGCUGAAACCCAACCAAUGUUUGCCUUGGAGGAGGAGGAGGAGGAGGAGGAGGCAGCUCAAUCUCAGGAGAGGCACCUCCGUGAUGAUCUUUCUGUGGCUGAAACUCAGCUCAUGCAUGUAAGUGAGAAUGAGGAAAGUGACGAUGAGGACUUGAUUCCACGAAAAAGAAGAGCAAAGCCACAGCAGCUUGAAGAGGAGCAGACGCAAAUGUUUUCACUUGUUGAAACCCAGCCAAUGCACAUUGGUGUCGCUGAAACUCAGCCCAUGGCUACAAGUGGAAAUCAGGAAAGCGAUGUUGAGGAUUCAAUUCCAGGUCCACGAAAAAGAAAAGCCAAGCAACUGUGGCUCGAAGACGAGCAGACACAAACACUCACAAACUCUGAGCUCUCCACUGUUGAAACGCAGCCAAUGGAUACAGGUGAAGAUGGAGAAAGUGAUGAAGAGGACUUGAUUCCAGGUCCACGAAAAAGGAGAGCAAAACCAUUGCAACUUGAAGAGGAGACACAGCCCGUCACCAUUUCUGAAGAUGUCUCUGCUGUUGAAACCCAGCCCAUGGGGGCGGGUGAAAGAAGAAAAAGAAGAGCAAAGCCAAUUCAAGAAGAGGACACACAACCGCUCACAAAUCCUGUAGAGACUAAAACUGUCCGACAGUCUCAGCGGGGGAAAGGGAGAGAAACUGAAACUGGAACCAGUGGCACGACUAUUGGAGGUAGAAGAAGGACACGGGCAAGAUUAAGAGAAGAGGAGGAGCAGGCAGAGUGUUCUGAACCUUCCAAGAGACCGACGAGAGGGAAAAUGAAGGCUUUGCCAACUACUAGAGGAAGGAGUGGAACAUCAAGGCCUGAUGAGGAAGAGGAGGCUAAACAAGCUCAGAAAGAGAGCGAGGAAGAGGAGGAAACGCUUGAAACAGAAAGAAACAACUUCAUAGAGGAACAAGAAAAAAGGAGUCAAGAACAAGACGGAUUAGAAAGGGAAAGAAAACAUAUAGAAGAGCAAGAAAGAGUGCAGGCUGAAAAUGCAGAAAGGUUAAGACUUGAGCAACAGAGAGCGGAAAAAGAGAGAAUAGAGAGGGAAAGAAAAGAAGAAGAUGAAAAGAAAAGAGCUGAUUGGGCACAAAAGGAAGAACGAUUGGAGAGGGAAAGAAAGGAAAAGGAAGAACAACAGAGAUUAGAGCAAGAAAAGGCAGAAAGAGAAGAGAAGGAGAGAAUAGAAAAGGAAAGAGAGAAGGUAGAAAAAGAGGGAAUAGAGAGGGAAAGAAAAGAAGAAGAUGAAAAGAAAAGAGCUGAUUGGGCACAAAAGGAAGAACGAUUGGAGAGGGAAAGAAAGGAGAAGGAAGAAAAAGAGAGAUUAGAGAGGGAAAAGGCAGAAAGAGAAGAGAAGGAGAGACUGGAAAAAGAAAGGAAGAAGGAAGAAAAACUGAGAUUAGAAUGUGAAAAGGCAGAAAGAGAGAGAGAACAGAAAGAGAGAACAGGAAAAGAAAGAAAGGAGGAGGAAAAAGAGAGAUUGAAGAUGGCAAAGAGGGAACGAGAAGAAGGACUUGAGAGGGAGGAACAAGAAAAACAAUCCAAAGAAAAAACGACUAAAGAGCAACAAGAAAAAAAGAAAAAAGAUAACAACCCCAAAACACCCACAAGAGCUGCCCCGUGCACAACGGAGCCGCAUCAAGACGCCACCAUAUUAGCCAUUGAUGAUGUCCCAGCAAGGAGAACACGCUCUCGCUCCAACUCUUCCAACUCCGUCAGCUCGGAGAGGUCUGCUUCCAGUGUGACCACCAGGGGGAGCAGGGGGAGAGGCCGAGGCAGAGGAGCGACGAGGACCAGUGGGCCGCCCCAGGCAGCCAUCGCCAGGAGCAGCAAUAGAAGGAGGACUGUAGCUGCACAGCCAACACAACAGGACAGUUACGAUGUCUCUCCUCAGGGAGUCCUUUCGAGGUCCAACUCCAUCAGCUCUGAGAUUUCCAGCUGCAGCUUGAGCUCUCUGAGCGGAGGAAGAGGAGGCAGGCAGCGAGGAAGAGGGAGGAAAACAGAAUCAGACUCCAUCCUUCCUAUCAAUAGUCAGAGUGGCCAGAAUGUGGCUCCCACACCUACAGCCAGAGGCAGGAAAGGUGGGAGAGCAGAGGAAUCUUCUAAUGAGGUUCCCCAUGAUCACGAGAAAGAAAGGACAGAUUCUCCGCAGGCUAGUGCCACUAGAGGGCGGCAGCGAGCUAAUGCAAAUGGCUCUAAACCUUCUGCUGGGGAUAAGAAAUCCCCUUCAAGUCAGGAGUGUGCCGGUGAAGAUUCACCUCUGCCUAAAAGGAAUGUCAGGGGCAGAGGCCAAAAGGUGGUAAAGAGUGAGACUGUGGAGACACCAGCAGCUCCUGCAGUCAGUGACGGAGAGGAGGCUAAAGGGAAAAGAAACGGAAGAAAAAGAGAGUUGGAGGCGAAUACAGAUGAGGAUGCCAGCUUGAGCUCCAAAAUAUCCAAAGGGAAGGUGAAAGCCCAAACAACAGAGGCAGCAAAAGGGGAAACAAAAGACCAGAGUCAGGUCCAAGUUAAGAGAAAAGGUCGGGCAUCCAGCGCUCAAGCUAAGAAGAAUGCAAAAGAUUCCUCUGCUGAAUCGGAGGUGAUAGAAGAGAGUGAGAAAAUGGAGAAGGGGACAGUAGAGAGGAGAGGCAGAGGUCGGCCAUCAGUGGUCCAGAAGCUGACGAAAGAGAAGCAGGAAGAAAGUGGAGCAUCUGUUGACCAGGAGGAAUCCGAGCCCCAGACUCCGACCGGCAUUGUGUCCCGGAAGCGACAGGCUCUUGUGGACUCCUCACCUGUGGCAAAGACCCGCCGCUCCUCCUCUGCUUCCCCGGCAGCCGGCGGUCAAUUACGAGCUGCCAGACAGGCCUACAAGGUGCUGUUCACAGGUGUGGUGGAUGAAGAAGGGCAGAGAGUGUUGGAGCGUUUGGGAGGCAGCAUGGCUCAAGGAGUGGCAGACAUGAACUGUCUGGUGACUGACAAGGUGCGCAGGACGGUCAAGUUCCUGUGUGCGGUGGCGAAAGGAGUCCCCAUUGUCAACACGCACUGGCUGGAUGAGAGUAGUAAGGCUGGGAGCUUCCUGUCUCCUAAUGCGUUUGUUGUGAAGGAUCCAGAGCAGGAAAAGAAGUUCAAUUUCUGCUUGCAGGAGUCUCUGAGGAUUGCCAGCAGUCAGCCUCUCCUGCAGGGCUAUGAGAUCCAUGUUACAAAGUCAGUGAAACCAGAGCCGGUUCACAUGAAAGACAUAAUCUCCUGCAGUGGAGCUACCUUCCUUCCUAAAAUGCCCUCUUCUCACAAGCCUCAGACUGUGGUGAUUUCCUGUGAGGAGGACUGGCCGCUCUGUGGCCCGGCUCGCUCCAAAUCUCUCUCAGUGGUCACAGCGGAGUUCAUUCUCACAGGGAUCCUUCGGCAGAAACUUGACCUCCAGACCCACAAACUGUCUGCCCCUGCAAAUACUCUACAGCUUGCAGGAGGAAAGGGAAGGAGCAAGAAGAAGACGUAGCACCGCCAGGGUACACUGUAUUAAAAAAACAAUAAGUUGUAAUGUAAAAUAUCAUUGUUUGCAUGUGGGGAAGUCUGCCACAGUGGAGCUUUUCCAUUACACAUAGAUUCCCUUUCAAAUCAGAGCGUGGGAGAUACACUCGUGAGCCAGCUUCAGACUUGAAGAAUGUAUUGCAACAUAUUGUGGAUUUAGCGUGGGUGUAAUUUAAGAGGGUCAGCUGUUGCACAGCAUACCAGCGGUGGAAGAAACAUAACUUAGGAAACUUCCUACAUCUGUCUUUGUAAAUUGUUCCUACAAGUGUCCCUUUUGCCUUAAGCGCGCAAAGAAAUGUAGGUUUUAAAGUUGUAAAAAAAAAGAGAUGAUGAUGAUGCUAUGCAGGGUGGGACAUAAUUACCCAUCAAUCAAAAUUGGCAUUUUUCAACUCUCUUUGUACGCUAACGAGCAGAGCAGGAAUUAACACUGCUACAGUGAAGAGCUGCUACUCUCUGUGCUUCGGCUCAAUCAGCCAGUUCGGCAGGUAGCAGCCAUGAAGUGGGAGUUGUAUAAUCAUGUUUUGGUGGUGGAAUAGUAGAAUCGAUGGGGGUUGAAUGGCGGUUUUUAAAUACAUCAGCUACGGUGGCCAGUGGAGAAAAUAAUAAGCUUGUUUCUCCGUCCUGAUAAGGGCAUAGUGCCUUUUUUAUAUCGAGGUAAUCAUGAACCUACCAGUGUGUCCUUUUCUCUUACUCAUUAACUACCACCACCUACUCCAUCAACUCUUCAUCCAAUCCAUUUACGUCCAGGGAUGAGACGCGAUAAAUAGGCACCUGAAUGCUGAUGCGGCUUCCACAUCAAUAUCUCAUGGCCAUACAUUUAUCUGCUAUGUGUUUAUGUGUCCAUGCCAUGUUCAAAAUGACCUGUACACAGAACUCACAUUUGGUUUCUUUACUGAUCCACCUGAAAUACCGCUGUGCCAUUUGGUGUUUUUAAAAGUGGAGCCACUAGCUUGUAACUAAAUUUGAUUUUUAGAACUAUCAAAUAGCUAAUAUCUCAAUACCAAGUUUAUACUAUGAAAUCUGAUGAUUUUACCAAUGAAAACAAUAAAUGCUGUCGAUAUUAUGUUUAA